AGCUCUAACAAGAACACACGUGUUUACGUUUUUAGCAAAUUGAACGCAAUUUCUUUAAUUCUUUGACUUUUUCGGGCAUUACUUGAUAUCCAAUAUCCAAAAUGGGCAGAAACAAUCGGUCCAGAAAACGGCGCGAUGAAAUGAAUAAGAUAAAGAAGGCGCGGUAUGAAGCCAAGGAGUUAUUUCGACUGAAGAAAACUCUGGGACUCCUAGAUGCCGAUGGAAAUGAGAUCAUGAAGGAUAUCAGCGAUGUGGUCGAAAUAAAGACCUCCAAGGAGCUGAAAAGGGAGGCCAAAUCCAAGGAGGAGCAAGAACUGAUCUACGAGCACCAGGAGAGUCUGGAGAAGGGCGAGAAAGUCAAGGUGACCAACGAAAAAACGGGCGUAGAUCACAUAUUCAACAGCAAAACCCUCAAGGAUCAGUACGGCAAUUAUCCUGCGUGGUUCAAGAAGAAGAAGACCGCCAAGCGUCUAAGGAAGAAGCAGCACUCGCAGAAAAAGAACUUCAAACAGGCCUGGACCACGGUUAAUGUUCCCCUCUAGAUCCGGGACUAGGUUACCCAUCUAUCGUAGUUUAUAAGUCCUCGCUUAGUUUAGGAGAUUUUGUAGGCUUUUUCUACAAAGAUGUUAUAGCUAAGAGUUUAUAUUGCAUAUUAAAGCCCAAGUUCUAAAAAACCCA